CAACGGAAAUAUACGAAGAGUCGUUCGGGAAUCUUACGGAAACACACGAUCGUUAAUCACUCCGCGACAAAAGGCUAAUAACUAAAGUACCAAGACGUGUGAAAGCUGAUUGGUCACCGCGAGAUCCGGCGCACUCCUGCCGCGACUGCUGAGGCGAGGCCAUUCAGAGAACCAGCGGCGAGAUGCGCGAACGCCACGCGAGGCUGUGAUGUAGAAAAACUUUCUGAGGAUAUUUUUCAAAAGGUUUAACGGAAAGAUUUUCUAAUAGGCUGUCCAAUAUGAUGAAAGAUUGCCUUCAGUUCCUCAUUGAGCCGGCCAAGAAGCUCAAGUUUCGUCUGAAGGAGACGCGGAAGAGAGUAAAACAUGUGAAGAAAGAGCCGUUAACAGAGAGUCAGCUGUUUAUAAUGGAGCUCGCGCGAGAACUCAACAGAAUCUGUCAGAGGUCAGAUAUUCUGGCUCACAUCUGGACCGGAGAGGAUGUAUGGCCUCCUCGUGCCUGUCAAGAGUUCAUUGUGGAGACCGCCAACAUCCUGGAGAUGAAGGAAAAUACUGAGACGCCCGUGCAAGUUUAUGCUGAUCUGCAUCCAGAAAAGAGGGACUGGAAGAGUCAGUUGCUGAGCAUGCUGGAGCAGGGAGGAGAAUAUGACAUGGGCCCGUACAAAAGGAUCAUUAUGGACUGGACCAGAGGACAGCGCAACAGACACCCGCACGGUAUCUGGCCGGGGGAGGCGGUGCUGAUGACGCUGGACGACGUGGAGCUGCAGUGGAAGCGGGGUCAUCUGUCACAUCUGCGGUCGGCCGUGGAGCUGCUCAUAGGGGUCGUGUUUGGGGAACAUCUGGAUAAGGAGCUCAUUCCAAGGCUGUGGCUGGUACAAAAACAAAAGACCCAGAAGAUCGACUCCACAGGCUACAUUCCACACAUAGUGUGGAACUGGAUAUGUGACGCUGCAGUGGAGGUGACCCUUGACCCAGAGACGGCCAACCCUGCUCUGCUUCUGUCUGGGGACUGCAAGCGCAUGCAGUGCGGUCUGGAGCGGCGCGAGGUCCCCCCCAGCCUGCGGCGCUUCGACGGCUGGUGGUGCUGUCUCGGCUCUGAAGGCUUCUCGUCGGGACGCCGGUACUGGGAGGUAGAAGUGGGCGACCGUGACUGGCGUCUCGGGGUGGCCAAAGAAUCAGCUCUCUGCAAAGGCUACAGACCGCUGAACGCCCAGAGCGGAUACCUGACCCUCCGGCUGGAGCGGGGCUCCGAGCUCAAAGCCCUGACCACUCCGCCCACGCCCUUGCCCCAGUCACUCAUCCCGCGGAGGGUGGGGGUCUAUCUGGACUACGAGGAGGGGCAGCUGUCUUUCUAUGACACCCAGAAGCGUGCGCACAUCUACACAUACAGCGAGAGGUUCACAGAGAAGCUUUACCCAGUGUUUGGGACGGUGGAGAUGGUGCGGGAGAUGGUGAUCAGGCCUGCAGACCUCAGGGAGCCGUGUCUCUGUAAGGGACAAUGUCUGUUCUGCUUGUAAUGAACGCGCAACGGAUGCGGAAAAAUUACACACACCAUGAAACAACAGCACUUGAUCGAUGCUUACAAAAACUAGAAGCAUAGUGAAAAUUUGACAUUUUUUAGAGUAGCUAAAGCUGUGAAAUCUGCAUCAUUGAGGAAAUGUUCAAAUACUGUUGUUAACCGAUCUGAUUGGUCAAAUGCCCAUGUCUUGUCACAGAGAGCAGCACUGAUGAUGUAUUUUUCUAGGCCUGUCUGGAAGUUUGCACGACCCUGAUUCCCUCAGCAAAAACACAAUGGGAUUUUUUUCUUCGGCUUGUUCAAAGCUUGUGGAUUAUUACAGAAAAUAAUAUCAGUUACCUAAAAUUCUCAACUAAAUGGUAAUAUACUGACUGAGCUUGUGUUAACCACAGACCCUAUUUCAGGUAUUUAACCAAAAACCUUUUCAAAAGACCAGUUGAACGCUGGACUGAAAGUGUUACAGUGUUAAAAACUCAUUUCUCAUUCUGGCGUACAAAAAUACAUCAUCCCUGCCGAGCACUACCGGUCGAACUAAUAAGUGUGUUUAACUUCAGGCAGCACUGCAGAGAACUGACUCAAAGAACACUAAAUUGCUUUUAUAACCAUUCAAAAAUAUCUUAAGUAUUAUAUUUUGAUGUGUUUAUCAAUAAAACUGAUUAUAAAAGACGGAAUUGUAUUGGUAUUUUAAAAAAAAACCUUAUAGAUGGUUUACACAGGCACUGUAUUAUUAAAUUACUAAGCAAUUAAAACUAAAUAAACUCAAAUCUAAAACAUUUAAAAAAAAAUAAUUUUGAAGACAAAAGUUACUAAAACUUUGUUAAAAUUUUAUGAAAACAUAUAUACGUAGUGGUAAUAAAACACUGGCGAGUUGAAGUUGAACACACCUAUUGUUGCUGUAUGAGACUGGUUAGCAUGCAGUUUUCACUUUUUCAGGAAAUCAACCCGUGUUAUAUUUGUGCUUAUUAAUCUGGGAUAGGAAUACAUUCUUGUGCAGCUACUAAAACAUAUUCUUUAAAAAAAAAACUUUUAAGGACUUCUUGCUUAAACAUACUGAUGCACGAGUGCUGGGAAUGUGUUUAUGAUUUCACUUCUGCCACUUUUUUUCUGCAGUUAGUUUAGGUUGAACUGCUAAGUGUAUAGAUUGUACUCAUACUUUGUUUUACAGAUGUUUUUUUUUUUUUUUUUUUUAAGAAAUUCAACUUAAAAUCUACUCUCUCAAAUUUCAUAGAACGUUCGAUAUUCAAAAUGGAACUGACCGCGAUAAUGUCAUUGUAAUAUUUCUAUUCUUGUUUUAUUUGCAUACUGAAUUUUAUUUUUUUUCUUACAUCUAUUGCAUUGUUUAUAAGUGCAUCACAUUCAACUAACUUUUUUUGUUUUUGUCGGUCAGUAACAUAAGAAAGCGUAUAGAGGGCAGUGUAAGCACAUACAAUCGAUGUAAAGCAUUUCAUUAGGUCAUUUCACAGUGGGCUAAAAACAUUCAUUUCCACCUAAAUCUGUUUUUAAUAAACGAAGCUGACACACAAGGA